GCCGACCCAGGGCCUCUUACUUCCAUUCACCACGCUCUCGAGUACUUUCUGAGUACAAACCUGAUUGGGGACGAGGAUGUCAAAACCCUGCAAGCAGGCCAGCGAUAAGACGUGUUUCGUUACCUCAUGUAUGUCAAACACCUCCCUGAACAACAGAAGUCUCAAAGAUGGCGGAGAAACACCAAUUCUCAAAAUUUGUUGAACGCAAUGGGUGUAUCACACGAGCUGUCAAUCAGUGGCGAUUACAGCACAAGAACAAACACCUUGAUGCGUAAUGAAGACCCAUUGUAGUAUAGAAGGUACGAGCGUGAGCAAAGUAGAAGGUGGAUUGAAACGAAAUGCAAUCGCCAUGUUUGAAGUAGAUCCACGUUCGAUUACUGUUAUUCUUGUCUUAGCUGCUCUAUUCAUCUCAAGGCGUGCAAUACGAAAAGCAGCAACCAACAGUGGGAAGCCACUCCCUCCUGGUCCUCCACCGCUGCCUAUUGUGGGGAAUGCACUUGCAAUUGACGCUGCUGCGCCAUGGAAGGCUUACAUGGAAUGGGGUAAAACCUAUGGCGAUCUUAUAUAUACCCGUCUUCUCAGUCAGGAUGUCGUGGUUAUAAAUUCAGAGAAGGUCGCAAGAGAUCUUCUAGAUAAGCGUUCAUAUAACUAUUCAGAUAGGCCUCUCCUUGUUACAACGGAACUCUUUGGUUGGAUGUUCAACGUGGCGUUGUUACGCUAUGGCAAUGGAUGGAGACAGCAUAGACGGUUGAUGCAUGAUAAGCUACGGUCAACUGCAGCACUUACCUAUCGUCCUCUGCAAAUGCGCAAGGCACAUCAGCUUCUGGUUGAUUUGUACGAAGCUCCUAAUGAUUUUGUGCUUCACUUGCAGACAAUGGCGGCCUCCACUAUCAUGUCAAUCACUUAUGGGUAUGAAACUCAGCGUCGUGACGAUCCGCUCGUUGCUCUCGUUGGGAAUGCUCUUGUGCAAGGUCUCAAGGUUAUGACGCCUGAAGCGGCAGCUAUCCUUGGUACCUGGCCUUUCCUUUUAUAUCUUCCCUCUUGGUUUCCUGGAGCAGGGUUCAAAAAACAGGCACAGGAGUCUUGUAUUAUGGUGAAUGAGAUGAUAGAGAAACCAUUUGAGUAUACAGCAUCGCGCAUGGCUUCAAACGAUGCUACAGCGUGCAUGGUUUCCGAUCUACUCGGCCAAAUCAAGGGUAAAGAUAACUAUGAUGGACUUGAAAGAGUGGUUAAAAAUGUCGCGUCUACUUCAUUUGCGGGGGGGUCAGAGACUACAACCUCCACGUUCGUCAACUUUGUCCUUGCAAUGGUCCUUUAUCCGGAUGUCCAAGAGCGGGCGCAAGCAGAGAUCGACUCGGUCAUGGAUGGGAACAGGUUGCCUAACUUCGACGACCGAGAUUCCUUGCCGUAUGUAGAAGCUAUACUUCGUGAGUCGUUCAGAUGGCACCCUGUGUUUCCACUGGGUGUCGCUCACGCAGCAGUGAGCGAUGAUAUUUAUGAAGGCUAUCACAUCCCGAAAGGAGCCACAGUCAUUGCAAAUGUCUGGUUCGUCUUACUAACACAUUCUCUCGCUUUAUAUGUUGAUCAGCCAGCGCUGUACAGGGCAAUGACACGGAACGAAGCCAAGUAUCCCAAUCCCUCGCAAUUUAAACCUGAGAGGUUCUUCACCAGCGAUGGCAAGCUUAACGAUGACAAGGUCCUUUAUACAUUUGGAUUCGGCAGGCGCAUUUGUGUCGGUCACCACGUAGCUGAUGCAACGGUGUGGGCCGCUAUAGCCUCUUUGUUGGCUGUUUUCAAAUUUACCAAGGCUUUGGAUGGACAAGGCAAAGAGAUUGACAUCGAACCACGAUGGACAGCUGGGAUAGCAGUUCGUCCACUUCCGUUUGUUUGUAAUAUCCAGCCACGCUCGCCAGCUCUUACCCUGCAGAAGUUGCAUCAGAUGAUCGACCAGUUUGCUUGAUGAAUGUCUAGUGUUUCCAAAUAUUGUUUGAGCUGAAAGUAGUUCCCUUAGCACAGAGUCAUGUAUUUUUUCAUAUAACAAUAACGACAUUGUAUCUCUUGA